AUGACCCAAAACGGCAGUCUUGUCGAACACUACUACAUGAUCAGUUUCCUCCUCUUUGCCCUUCUCAUGCAGAAGCCGCCAGAAGCAACAUCUCAGCUGAUAACUGCCGCAAAAACCCCAACAUAUUUGUCUCAAACAUCCCCAAUAGGACCACCCAACAAAAAUUCCAUGGUGGCCAUCAUGAUCAUCAUCGUCUUUAUGUUCCUCCUCUCAGCCUUCAUCUCGCUCUACUCGCGCCACUGCACCCGUCGCCCAGCCCGCGUACAGUCUCGCAGGCUGAAUAUCGCCAUGGUAGCGGACGAACUUAACGAUCGCCGAUCCCACAGUGAGUGUGUUGGCCUCAGCCAAGAGACAAUCGAAACAUUCCCUACUUGUCUCUACUCCUCCGUGAAGGGCCACAAGAUCGGCACGUGCGCAUUGGCAUGCGCGGUGUGCAUAAGCGAGUUCGAGGACCAAGAGACCCUUCGCUUGAUCCCCAAAUGCAGCCACGUGUUUCACCCAACCUGCAUCGACGCCUGGCUGGCAUCUCACUCCACGUGUCCCGUUUGCCGCGCCGACCUCGAUCCAACGCAAAACGACGUCCAUUCAUCUUCCAUAUUCUCAAUUCACAUUCCUGAUGAUGACGUCAUCACCGAAAUGGAGGAGCAGGGCCAAAGCAACGAACAAGAGGACGCUGCUGCUGAUGUUAGGGGCAGGGAUCAAAACGACGUCGUCGAACCGUUUUCAUCGAAAGGUGAUUUGCUACGUAGAAGCCGUACGGUGAACGAUGUUAUGACAGGCCAAACCCUGCGUUCUUUAUUGUUUCCGCGGUCUAACUCGGCCGGAACAUCCUUAACCAGGGUUCAGACCGGUGAUAAGGAUUUUGAAAGGUUUACUCUGAGGUUACCGAGUGGGGUUCGAAGCGAGGUUUUCAUGAACUCGAGAUUGAAGCGUGCAAAGACUUGUGUGGGAUUAGUGAGAAUGAGUAGUGGGACAAAGGGGUAUAGGACAGGAAGCGUUGGCAACUGCCGCGGCGAUUACGAGCGGUGGCGGUUUACUUUGACGCCGCCGUUUUUGACCAAGAAUUGGAGUCGGUUAGGGAGAAGAUCUGCAUCCGCUCAGUGUUUAGGGGUGGAGGUGGAUAAUAAUAAUGUUGGUGAGCGACCUUCUGAUCUCUUGUUCCCUCCAUCGACAGCUUAA